AUGCAGGGCACUCUUGUCGUCAAUGUCCCCCCACUACGGCAUGCACCGUUCUUGUCACAGGCCUCUGAGUCCUGGCGAGCCGUCCCUCACUUCACGGGACAGCACUGGCAUUUCGGCCUUCCUGCCGUGCUCUCCUUGGCCUGCGCUUGUAAGUCGAGGAGUGGCCGUGGGAGACAUACCCGGAGCUCCGGAGUCGUUGUCCGAGCGGAGGCUCAGCAGACAGAAAGGCCAGAGCUUCCCGAUCGCCUUGAGGUGGGUACCGGAGAGGAAGAGGACGAGUUCUUCAAAAAGACAUUUCCACGCCCCGACCAGCUCGAAAAAUGGGUGGAUGGCAAGAAAUACAUCUUGGUCAAGUACAGCAAAAGCCCAGAGUGGGUACCUGAGGAGGAUGUAGGCGUGUACCGCUUCUCACUUCGAGGCUACGAAUCCAGAAAUGAUGAUGGCAACUGGGUCUCUCAUGCACAAAUGCCAGAAGACACGUCUCAUCUGACGGAUGCCCAGCGUGAGCGGCUGAUUUUGGAGUUGAGAGGUCAGGUGAACUUCAACCUCUCGGAUGGGACGGACGAAGACGGCUUUCGGCCGCUCCCGAAGGUGCCUCCUCUGGAGAGGUGGCCCUACUAUCAGAUCGAGGUGAGUGAGCAGCUGAAAGUCUCCCCUGAAGAGCUCGAAGACUUUCAGGAGUUAGAUCUCACCGAGGACCUUCCUCGCGCCUUCUUCCUGGCGAACCGGUGGAAGCAGGCCAACGAGGCAAGGCGCCACCUAGGAUACAGCGUCAACACGACCCUGAAUGAUGUGGCCAAUAUGAACGGGACAGUCCUUGGCUUCAAGGCCAUGGUGGAGCAAUUCAAGCGAACCUCGAAGUUUCGAAGAAGGAAGCCCGAGGAUCCCAUCCCGUCAGAUGCAGAGAGGCUCAAAAGCCUAAAGAUCACCAGCUUGCUUGGCACAAAGAAGGGCUCCGCCAUGGCCCUUUGGUGCUACAACAGCCGGAACCAAAAGCUCUUGGUGGAUCUUUGCCUCGGUGACGACUGCAUGGACCAAGGCCUCUAUGCUGAGGAGGUGUUGCUUCGAAAGCUCAUCUCCACUGCUGUAGAUCUUGGAGCCACAAAGCUCUGGUGCCGCAGCAGGCGGACAGAAAGCGGCAAGGUCUUUCUGCCGCCGCCCAUGCGAUCUCUCGGCUUCACUGCCGUGCCAGUUGAGGAGCAGGAGGAAGAGGAAUGGGAGGAUCUGAGCGCACCAGUCACCAAGGCUGAAGUCUCAGAGGCAAUCCCGGGUCUUCAUUUGUGGAUGACCACACGAGACCUUGAAUCGUACAUGGGAGCCGCAAACACGUGGUGCGAUGAGAUGGGGGCCACGGACUUGAACGAGGUAGCAGAUAACAAGCAGGAGCUCGCCGACUUCCUGCAAACAGAGCACGGAAUGUCAGAAGACGAGCGUCAAAGGCUGGUCCAAUACUAG